AUGGAUCACACUGGGCAGCUGCAUUCUCUUUCUCUUUCUAGUUUGAUUGGAUGGUUAUGCAGAAGUUUGAUUCCUUCCGCUCUGGGUUUCUCGAUUUCUGUAUGUUCCUGGGUCCUGGUUACUGCGCUACCGUUGACAUGUGAAAUCGAGGUCGGUGCUGCUGACAAAAGGUUCAGCGUGUCCGACUACGGAGCAGUUGGCGAUGGGUGGUCCGACGAUACCUCGGCAUUUACAAAGGCGUGGAAUGAUGCGUGCAACACAGAGGGAAGUGCAUCGACCAUCACCGUUCCAGAAGGAAAGAAGUACCAUUUGAAUCCUAUCAAUUUUGUGGGCCCUUGCAAGUCUAAUAUCAAUCUUGAAAUAUCAGGGAAGAUCAUAGCACCAAAAGAUCCAAAUGCAUGGAAGGGGUACGAUCCAGCAAAGUGGUUGACUUUUGAGAAAGUGAAUGGGCUCAACAUAAGUGGCCCGGGCUUGUUUGAUGGAUAUGGCGAUGGCUGGUGGAACAUAUCCUGCAAAUGGAACACCAAGCCUGGAUGCAAUAAGCUCGCCCCAACUACGCUCCGUAUCGAAAAGUGCAAUGGAGUGAGUUUGCAAAAUCUGCACUUCAAGAACAGUCCUCAGGUGCAUGUAACUGUUUAUGGAAGCAGCGACGUUCAUUUGAAGUUCUUGAACAUUUCCGCACCUGACGAGAGCCCCAACACCGACGGAAUCCACAUUCAUGCAUCUCAUGCUGUCUCUGUUCAAUCUUCAACCAUAGGCACCGGCGAUGAUUGCAUCUCGAUGGGCGAUCAUAUCUCGAAUAUCAGUAUCAAUGACAUAAAGUGCGGACCUGGUCAUGGCAUAAGCAUUGGAAGCUUGGGAAGGGGUGGAAAUGAAGUAAGUGUGAGCAACAUCAACGUGAAGAACGUUCACUUUCAUGGGACAACUAAUGGAGCUAGAAUUAAAACUUGGCCGGUGGGAAGAGGCCGAGUUAGCCAAGUUUUUUUCUCGAAUCUCAACUUCACCGCAGUGAAAAACCCCAUCAUCAUAGACCAGUUCUACUGCCAUACUCCAAGUGCUUGUCCCAAGACGAAGCAGGAGUACGUGGCGUGGUGCCACCGGAAUGCCAAUGGAAAUGAGGGAGAGCCCCUCAGGAUCUUUGAUAUCCCGGUCGAUGGUGUUGGGUUGUUACACCCAAUUAUAGCUGAUGGUGAGGUGAUAAACCCUGAGGUCACGCCCGAGUGGAUGAGGCAGGAGGAAGAGAUGGAUGAGGAGCCCGAUGUACUAGUGGAGGACCCCGAGCCUAUGGAUGAGGAGGAGGAUGACGAACCCGAGGCCAUGGAGCAGGACGGAGAGGUUGCAGAGCUGGGAUUAGACGAGGAGGGGUUCGAGAUUUACCUGGACCCGGAGUUGGAGCUGGACUCCGAGGACGAGCGAGCUCAGGCUAUGGAUUCAGAUGAGUCAGGGACUAGCAAGGAUGCCUCCGAGGAGCUGUUAGAUGAUUCUGGUGAGUCGUUUGAUCCUGACUGGGAGCCAUAG